AUGUCGAGUGCGGACUACCAAGAGCCGGAGGAUGCAAGUUUUUCGGCAGAUUUUUCUACUGUGAAUGAAAAACUGGACCAGCUACUCUCUCUUAGAGACAAAGUGGACAGUCUGCUUCCACUUCCAGCAAAGGUAGAUGAUCUGCUGACCUUGAAGACUACAUUCGCAGAGUUAAAAGUAACUGUGGAGGAGUUGAAAAGCUCUGUUGAAUUUACCUCUCGCCAAUAUGACGAGUUACUUGCCGAGUUGACUACAAAUAAGAGGGAAACAAAAGACCUCAGGACGGAGGUGACCGAGCUGAAAAACACAAUAUCUGAGCAUGCUGCACAUAUCGGCCGGCUGCAGUUGGACCUGAAUGAGGCUGAGCAGUACAACCGGUUACCUAAUCUAGAGGUCCAUGGAAUUCCGGAGAGUGUUGGUGAAGAUCUCCAACAAUACGUCUGCGAUCUUGCGGCAAAGCUGGAAAUCGCAUCUUUCCAGACCUUGCAUGUUCUUGCGGUACACAGACUUCCCGGUAAAAAGGACAAGAUUGCCCCGGUUUUAGUUAGGUUUUCUUCUGCGGCGGUGCGAGAGACAUGGAUGAGGGCACGUGGCAGGCUGCGCGCGCUCGCGCAAAGUAAGGACUUACCUGAGCUUUACUUCAACGAGAACCUAACCCAGAUAAACCGAAACUUGUUUUGGAAGGCCCGUACAAGGGGAAAGGAAAAGAACUUCAAGUUCGUCUGGGUCCGAAAUGGGAAGAUAUUUGCAAAGCGGCAAGAACAAGCCCCCUCUGUUAGAAUAGGUUGCGAAUUCGAUCUUGGUCUGAUAAACUGA